AUGUCUUCUUACGGUGGCGGUUAUCAGCGCGAGUCGCGCGGCGAUUCUUAUCGCUCUAGAGGUGGUCACGAUGGCGGUUAUCAAAAUGGCAACGGCUACUCUGGCGGUGGUGGCUACGGCGGUGGCUAUGGCAAUGGCUAUGGUCGCGGUGGAGGUGCCGCUGGUGGUGAUCGCAUGUCGAACCUGGGCGCUGGCUUGAAGAAGCAAGAUUGGGAUUUGGACACCCUCCCCAAGUUCGAAAAGUCAUUCUACAAGGAGCAUCCCGAUGUUGCCGCUCGCUCUGAGCGCGAGGUUGAGGAGUUCCGCAAGAAACACGAGAUGACUGUACAGGGACGCAAUGUGCCUCGUCCCGUCGAGAAUUUCGACGAGGCUGGGUUCCCCCAGUACGUCCUGAGUGAGGUCAAGGCUCAAGGCUUCGAGCGUCCCACUGCCAUUCAGUCUCAGGGUUGGCCUAUGGCUCUUUCCGGUCGGGAUGUCGUCGGUAUCGCCGAAACUGGUUCCGGAAAGACACUCACCUACUGCCUCCCUGCCAUUGUUCACAUCAACGCUCAGCCUCUCCUCGCUCCUGGCGAUGGUCCAAUUGUCCUCAUCCUCGCUCCUACCCGUGAGCUUGCUGUUCAGAUUCAGACCGAAAUUAGCAAGUUCGGAAAGUCUUCCCGGAUUCGCAACACUUGCGUCUACGGUGGUGUCCCCAAGGGUCCUCAGAUUCGUGAUCUGAGCCGCGGCGUCGAAGUCUGCAUCGCAACCCCUGGUCGUCUGAUUGACAUGCUGGAAGCUGGCCGGACCAAUCUCCGCCGUGUCACGUACCUCGUUCUUGACGAAGCUGACCGCAUGCUGGACAUGGGUUUCGAACCUCAGAUUCGCAAGAUCAUUUCUCAGAUUCGUCCUGACAGACAGACCUGCAUGUGGUCCGCCACUUGGCCCAAGGAAGUCCGUCAGCUCGCUACUGACUUCCUGAACGACUACAUCCAGGUGAACAUCGGUUCCAUGGACUUGUCUGCUAACCACAGAAUUACUCAAAUUGUCGAGGUCGUUUCCGACUUCGAAAAGCGCGACAAGAUGAUCAAGCACCUCGAGAAAAUCAUGGAAAAUCGUGGCAACAAGUGUCUCAUUUUCACCGGCACUAAGCGCAUUGCUGAUGAGAUUACUCGCUUCCUCCGCCAGGACGGAUGGCCCGCACUUUCUAUCCACGGCGACAAGCAACAACAAGAAAGAGAUUGGGUCUUGAACGAAUUCAAGACGGGCAAGAGCCCAAUCAUGGUGGCCACUGAUGUGGCUUCCCGUGGUAUUGAUGUUCGCGACAUCACUCAUGUGCUGAACUAUGACUAUCCCAACAACUCGGAGGACUAUAUUCACCGUAUUGGUCGAACUGGUCGUGCUGGUGCGAAGGGAACUGCCAUUACCUUCUUCACCACUGAAAACUCCAAGCAGGCUCGUGACUUGGUUACUAUCCUCACUGAGGCCAAGCAGCAGAUUGACCCCCGUCUCGCUGAGAUGGUUCGCUACAGCGGCGGCGGCGGCGGUCACGGCGGUUACGGCCGCUGGGGUGGCCGCGGCGGUCGCGGCGGUGGUCGUGGUCGUGGUGGUAGCUACACCGCUUCCAACGCUGCCCCGCUUGGCAACGCUCGCCGUUGGUAA